AUGACAUCCUCACCGAAUUCGUUCCUGUCGGCGCCCACUCCUGCCGGCAGCGUGUUAACACCUGCCAACACCACCUCCUCCAGAGACCCUUCCAUAAGGACAGCAGCAACAAAUACAAUAUCAACAAAUACAUCUACAUCGACUUCGAAUCCUACUGCUGGCACAACAGCAGAACCGAGCACGACGAAAAAACAAACAACGACACCGACAGGAUUCACCUUCCCCGGCGCUUACAACUGGCCGCCGUUCUUCACACUGCAACCCAACGCCUCGACACGCCUCUCGCAGCUGCGGAAAUGGUCGUCGCUCAUCCAGGCCUGGUGUCGACACCACCGGAUCUUCCGGCUCUCGCUCGUCGAUGCCGUCGAGACGCCGCUGUUCCACAACACCGAGCUGCGGAAGCGCAUCGGUCUCAGCGACGCGCGCACGAUCGUGGACUGGAUGACGAAGAGUGAAGAGGAAGGUGGUGGCGGGAGGAGGGCUGAAUGGGUGCCUCCUAAGGGAUCAGGAGACAGCGGGGGUGCAGGCGCCAUUGAUGCGAAAACCGUGGCGUGGAUCUGGUGGAGGAGGCCGGAGGAAUGGGCGAUGUUGAUAGCAGAUUGGGUUGAAGAAACCGGCCAGAAGAAUACCGUUCUGACGCUGUACGAAUUGAUGCAUGGCGAGGCCACCGCCUCACAAGAAUUCCAUGGCAUGGAUCCAGAUGUGUUGCUCAAGUCCCUGAAUGUCCUGGUCAAACGUGGCAAGGCCCAGGUCUUCGGGAACGAGGAUCAGCAGGGUGUCAAGUUUUACUAG